AUGGAUAAAAUUUGGCACCAUGGUAUUAUCAAAUAUCUGCAGGAAAAGGGGUUGGCCCCCAAGGACAUUCAUGCAGAUGUGGUUGCUACACUAGGGGCUGAUGCUCCAGCUUUAUCAAUUGUGAAAAAGUGGGCAGGUAGGGAGAGUAUUAAAGAUGACCCAAGGUCCAGAUGUCCUGCCACAGCCACUACCCAAGAAAACAUUGAUCAUGUUCAACACAUGGUGAUGGAUGACAGACGUUUAAAUAUUGAUCACAUAGCUAAUGCUGUAGGGAGCUCCCAUAAACAAGUAGAGAAUAUUCUGCAUGACGAACUUAUGUCGAAGAUUUCCACAACUUUUCACACCUGA